UCUCCGGACUUGAGCGUACUUUCCAGUCUUCGGACCGCGUGUAUCGCUAAAACUUUCAAAUUAUUUUUUUAGUUGUGCUAUAAACAAAACAACAAAAGAAAGUUAGAUAUAGAAAGGAUAGUGUUUUAAAUGUAAUAAUUAAAUCAAAUGGCUACAAAACCAAAAGUUAAAAGGAAGAAUGAAAAAAUUGUUCAAAUUCAUUGUGAAUGGGAAAACUGUGAAAGCAUUGUUACACUCCAACCAUUAGAAUAUGAAACAUUUUCAGCUCAUUUGAAAGAACAUGCAGAUGAGUUUAUCUUAAGACUUAAAGAAGAAAGUGAUUUGCCAGAUGAAAAGCCGCUAAGCUGUUGUUGUAUGUGGCGAGGAUGUUCUUGGGAAGGAUGUGAAGAUUUAAUGGAACUAACACGUCACAUCAUGUUUCAUGGCUAUCAUUCUUUGUUGAGAGCUCUUGGCAAACUUGAACAAGAUAAAAUGUCAUUGAAUGAUUGUCUUAUUGAACAAGAAGAUCAAUAUCAUAUGCUUUCAUGUGUAACCACACCAUUUCUUUGUUUAUGGAAUAACUGUGCUCAAGAACAUUGCUGUCCUGAUAAAUUUUAUCGACAUGUAGAGAAACAUGUUCUUAAUUCAGACAGUAUUUGUGAUGAAAAUAACAAAUACAGAAUGCAAUGCUAUUGGAAUACAUGCUCAAACACAUUUCGUGAUAAACAUAAACUUAAAGAGCAUGUUCGUGUUCACACUCAUGAGAAAUUAGUUGCUUGUCCUGGAUGUGGAGGCUUAUUUUCAAAUCGCACAAAAUUACUCGACCACCUUUCAAGACAAAAUACUCAAGCUUAUGAAAAUUUUCAGUGUUCACAUUGUUUGAAAAGAUGUGCGUCUGAACGAUUACUAAGAGAUCACAUGAGACAUCAUGUUAACUACUUAAAAUGCCCUCAUUGCGAUAUGACAUGCCCUAAUCCUGGAUCUUUGAAAUAUCAUAUUCAUUAUCGCCAUUCAGAUGAAAGACCGUAUCCAUGUGCCAUGUGUGAUCACAGCUUUAAGUCCAAUAGUGAUUUAGUGCGUCAUGAAGAAAGUCAUCUUCCUAAAAGUUAUAUUUGUACUGUGACCGGUUGUUCAUUUACUACAAAAACAUCUCAUUGUUUGAAGAGGCAUAUGAAAAUAACACAUUCAGAAAAUGGAACAAAGCGUUAUAUUUGCCAUAUAUGCAAUCAUGCUUAUUCAAGAGGAUUUGGAUUGACAAAACAUCUUAAAAAAAAACAUAAUUUUAAUUGGCCUGCUGGCCAUCCUAGGUUCAGGUAUAUUGAAUAUGAGGAUGGAUUUUUUCGUUUACAAAUGGUAAGGUUCGAAAGCGUCGAGUUAACAAAACGUUUAGAAACAGAAGAUGGUAAUGAAGUUGCGGAGGAAGAGGAAGAAGAUUCCUACGAGGUUGAAACACUUUAUGAUGGAAUCAUAGAAGUUAGCAAUAAUGGAGACAUAAAUAUUGAUGGAAACAUCGAGGUGACCUAUGAUCCGACAUUGGGUAUUUUGUGUGCUGUUAACAAAGAAAAUACGUUAUAUGAAAAAGAGGUUUCUAAUGAAGUUGAAAUAGAAUGUGAGGUCCGUGAUGGAGAUGAAGAUGAAUUAGUACUGGAGAAAGAUAAAGAUUGUACGGGUAAGCAAAGUAUACCCGAGAAUCAUAAAGAUUGUAUGGAUACCGAUAUUGCAAAUAUCCAUAAUGAACAGUUAUCAAACAACAUUGAAACAAAAAAUAUUUACCUACAACCUAAGCCCGCUGGUUUUGAUAUGUCUGUCAUGGCGCAAUUAGUUGCGUUAUCAUCUGGUAAACACUCUGUAAAUAAUGUUUCAGAAAUUGAUAAUGCUUCAGAUGCCACAGAUCUAGUUUCGCAUAUUUAUAAACAAAUAUUAAAAGCCAGUAAAACUAAAACUGAAACUUCGGACAAUUUUGAAGAUGAAAUGGUUUUAGCUACUAGAGGUGAUCAAGAUAGACUUAUGUUUGAAAAAAUCACAACCCAAGAGUCCGCAAUCAACGACGAAGAGCAUGCCUCUUCUAAAGAAGAAGGCGAUGACGUGGGCGAUGAAGAAAUUGACGACGAUCAACGAGAAAUAAUUCAGCAAUAUUUAGACUUACAAGAGGAAAUCAUUUCCAAAAACGAUAAUUUUGUUGUAAAAGAAGAAAUAGAUUAUAUUAAAUCUCCGAAACGUGAAUUGGAAUCGAAAAACAAUUCUCCACAUAAACGUUUAAAAAAAUAUAGUAAAAGUGACGAUGUUGAACGUAUGGACGCAUCGCAUGUUUUACUUUCUCUUAAAACAUCUGAUGAUUAGUUUCAUUGUUUUUAAAUCUAAUUAUGCCAAUCUUUUUGAUCUUUGCUGUUAAACGAGAAGUGCUUGCCGCUAUUUUUUAAUGUGUGCGAGUAUUGAAUCUUCUUUACUAAUGAAGCGUAAUAAAUUUUCUUCUUCAUUUAAUACUUAGCAUAGAAAGUUUUAAUAAGACAUGAUUAGUUUUUCACUGGUUCAAAGUUAGGCAAGUUUUGUAACUCGAUAUAAUUCAUUCAAGCGAGUUCAUUAACUCAUAAUUCAUUUUUUAAAUUGGUUCAAUAUAUUGUAAAUAAAAUUUAUAUUAUUAAAUUUAAACCAAA